GCUAUUCAGUUCGUCAAUCCAUUAGCACACGCUGAAGUGUGCAAAUACCAAGACUGUCGACGGUGAACCUGUCGUUGUCUCUAUAUAUACUCCGUUAAAUCGUGCUAGUGGCAUUUUUUUUUUCGUUCCUUUCGUUCUGUGCUGCAGUAAUCAACAAGCUGUCCAUAAAAAAUACUUACACUUUUUGUGUGUCUUGUGUGUAUAUAUUUUUGCGUUCAAUUUGUAUUAUUUUUGCACGAUUAGCUCAUACGCGUGUAUAGAUAUAGACGAGUAGCACACAUCAAACUCAUUAACGUGUUCGUCUUCGUUUUAUUUAUUUAUUUUUUCAUACAUUUAAUUUCGCUUACGUUAGUUCGUGUUAUUUAAUUGUUAGUCAGAACACAGCACACCCAAAAAAAAAUCUUGCUCAACUCAAUAAAAAUAUCAUUGAAGACGUUAUCAUUGAAUACUGUACUGCUAUUGUGAAUAUUUGAUUUGUUUCGUUCAGUCGAUUGCUAUAGAUCGAACGUUUCGACAAUUUCAAAAUAAAACUAAAGCACACGCGUACGCACAACAGUUUUGGUUGAGUUUUUUUUGUAAAUAUGUGCACAUAGUACCAAUUCAAUCAAAGAUGGGAUGUAUAAAAUUGUUUCAAUCAAUUUUUGGUUGUUGUUUUUACCAAAAACAAUCUUCAGUAAGUGAAUCACAAUCGAAAUUAGUCUGUGGAAAUGAAAGUGCAUUCAAUUUUGAGUCACGCGUUGACUUAAAACUUGGAACCAGUAUUUAUGUCAGUGGCACCAUUCUGAAGAACUGCGAAGGAUUUGCAAUAAAUCUUACACUUGGUCAUACACAUAACGACAUAGCUCUACAUUUUAAUAUUCGCAUCCCUCAGAACUUUAUUGUGCGCAACUCGAAGAUCAAUGGACGAUGGGGCAAAGAAGAAACAACAGCAUCGAUGCCUUUUAAAUUGAAGCGCGGAGAACGAUUUGCCAUUCAAAUACUUGUCACCGAAGACAAGUACUUGGUGUCAGUGAAUGGUUUACAUUUCACCAAUUUUGCUCAUCGUAUACCCUAUGAAAGAGUUACUUGCGUCCAAGUCAAAGGAGACAUUUGUGAUGUGAAUGUAGAACAUUUUCCCAUUAUGGAGUAUCCAAAUCGUGCUGAUCAAACCGAUAUUAUUCACAACAUAGACCUUGUUAACGGAUUUGAUAAAGCACUUGUGCAAUCUAAUUCGGAGCUUGUGAUGCCUUUUUAUGGAAAACUAUCGAGAAAAUUAAUAAACGGUUCUCGUCUGCAUAUAGUUGGACGUGUCAAGGUUCUGCCAUACAUGUUUUAUAUAAAUCUACAAGAAGGUGAUAUCAUUUGGCCGCACCCCACAAUUCCAUUUCACUUUAAUGUUCGAUUUACGACAAUCGGCGGCAAAAAUGUUAUAGUGAAAAAUUCUUGGCUGGACGGCAGAUGGGAUCGUGAGGAACGUAGUGAGAUACAUACAGAUUUUAUGCCAAGUCGUACAUUUCAUCUCGAAAUUCUUCAUACAUCGGGCAUCUAUCACGUCUUUUUAAAUGACAAACUAAUUGCCGAAUUUCAUAAACGCACUGAUCCAAGCAUUGUGGACACCGUUUUCAUUUAUGGUGAUAUCAAACUGAAACACGUGUCUCAGGAACCAGAGAAAGGUCUUAACUAAACUAAGUAACUUUAGGCCUAAACCGACCAAACCGAUUUUUGUGUAGUCUAUCAAAAUGUAUUCAUGCAGCUUUGCUAUAUACAAUUUGGUUUCAGGGGCAUGUCUGUCCGAUUUUAUUGUUUAAAAAAGUAACAUUUACUGUUAAAGCAUUCACCAAAUAUGACAAUAAAUCUGUGGUUUACUCUUGAAUAGAAAAAUAUCACUAUCGCACCUAGAGUGCCAUGUAGUGUGAUUUAUAAUGCGCUCAGAAUUCUAUUUCAAAAAAAAAAUCUUCAUUGUAUACAAACUGGCUCAAGUUAUAUUUGAGUUCAUUUUUUUAACAUAUGUUUUGUUUCUUUAUUUUGAAUUUGAAAUAAAAAAAAUUCUUCUCAAAAAGUUCAAAUGA